UUUUCCUCUAAUCCUUUUUUUUUUUAUUUUUCCUCUUUUUUUUUUUUCCUUCUUUUUUCUAUACUCUUUUCUUAAUACUUUUUGACACACACCAUGUCGGCCAAACCUAUUAGAGAAUACGAUGGUAAGCUGUUGUUGGCUUACCAUCUGUUGCGUUCACCGUACCUUGGCAAAGAACAAUCUCCUUCUUUAUUCACACCGGCCGCUACCAAGCUCGCUCAAGUCAACGUCAACACUUCGUUAUUGCAUGAUGAACCGGCUUUCAAGGCCGCGCUCAAGCAACAGUUGGACGCACUGGAACAAACUCAUCCCUGGUUACUCACCGAUAAGCUCGUGGCCAAACCUGAUCAAUUGAUCAAACGCAGAGGAAAACACGGUUUAUUGACAUUAAACAAGACCUGGCCCGAAGCUCGACAAUGGAUCGAGGAAAGAGCUGGCAAAGACAUUCAGAUUGAAAGAACGACUGGUGUUCUCAAGACCUUCUUGGUUGAACCGUUUGCUCCUCAUCCUCAGAAUACCGAAUAUUAUAUCUGUAUUAACUCGGUCCGUGAAGGCGAUUACAUCUUGUUCACUCACGAAGGUGGUAUCGAUAUUGGUGAUGUCGACGCUAAAGCCCUCAAACUCUUGAUCAAGGUCAAUGAAGAUAUUCCUACCCCCGAGGUCAUCAAAUCGACUCUGUUGAAGGAUGUGCCCGAAUUCAAGCAAGAUGUCUUGGUCGAUUUCAUUACCCGCCUCUACUCUCUGUACGUGGACUUGCAUUUCACUUACCUUGAAAUCAAUCCCUUGGUGGUCACCGACCCCUCCGAAGGUCAAACCCCUCAAGUCAUGUACCUCGAUUUGGCGGCCAAAUUGGAUCAAACCGCCGAAUUCGAAGCUGGUCCCAAGUGGGCCGUGGCUCGCGCUCCUCAACAUAUUGGUAUUGCCGGUGCUGCUUCCAACCAGCAAAACAUCGAUCAAGGCCCACCCAUGGAAUUCCCUGCUCCCUUUGGCCGUGAACUGACCCGCGAAGAAGCUUACAUUCAGGAAUUGGACGGUAAGACCGGUGCUUCGCUCAAAUUGACCAUUCUCAACCGUGAAGGUCGUGUGUGGACCAUGGUUGCCGGUGGUGGUGCUUCGGUCGUCUACUCGGAUGCCAUUGCCGCUCUUGGUUUCGCCGACGAACUUGCCAAUUAUGGUGAGUACUCGGGUGCGCCCACUGAAACUCAAACCUACGAAUACGCCAAGACCAUUCUGGACUUGAUGACCCGUGGUGACGCCCAUCCUCAAGGCAAGAUUCUUUUCAUCGGUGGUGGUAUUGCCAAUUUCACCAAUGUCGCUACCACCUUCAAGGGUAUCAUUCGCGCUUUGACCGAAUUCAAGCAAUCCCUCAUCAACCACAAAGUCCGUAUCUUCAUUCGUCGUGGUGGUCCCAACUACCAGGAAGGUCUUCGCGCCAUGCGUCAAUUGGGUGAAACUCUCGGUGUGGAAAUCCAAGUGUUCGGUCCCGAAACCCACAUCACCGAAAUCGUGCCUCUCGCUCUCGUUGGCAAGCCUUCGGAUCCCAGUGCUUUGACCGGUAACCAGGCUUCCGGUUCCUCCGGCAACUUGUUCCAGGAUCAGAUUCUCGGUACCAGCGCCACUCCUUCCGGUGUCAACAGCCCCAAAUUGACCGUCGUCGAGGACAACGGUACGCCUUCCAACCCCAACGAACGCAUGACCUACUUCCCCGAAACCGCCUCUGAAGAAAAGCCCGAAUGGUUCCGUCCCUUCACUGCCAAGACCCGCGCCUUGGUCUAUGGUAUGCAACCCCGUGCUGUUCAGGGUAUGUUGGACUUUGACUUUAUGUGCAAGCGCGAUACGCCUUCGGUGGCGGCCAUGGUGUAUCCCUUUGGCGGUUCCCACGUUCAAAAGUUCUACUGGGGUACCAAGGAAACCUUGAUCCCCGUCUUCACUUCGCUCAAGGAAGCCGUUGAAAAGUUCCCCGAAGUCGAUGUCGUGGUCAACUUUGCUUCUUGCCGUUCCGUCUACGAUUCCACCCGUGAAAUCUUCACCUUCUCUAACCAGAUCAAGACCAUUGCCAUCAUUGCCGAAGGUGUGCCUGAACGUCGUGCUCGUCAGUUGCUCCACGAAGCCGAACAACGCAAGGUGCUCGUCAUUGGUCCCGCUACCGUUGGUGGUAUCAAGCCUGGCUGCUUCAAGAUCGGUAACACCGGUGGUAUGAUGGAUAACAUUGUCAGCUCCAAGUUGUACCGUACCGGUUCCGUCGGUUACGUUUCCAAGUCCGGUGGUAUGUCCAACGAAUUGAACAACAUUGUGUCGCGUACUACGGACGGUGUGUAUGAAGGUGUGGCCAUUGGUGGUGAUCGUUACCCCGGUUCGACCUUUAUCGACCACUUGUUGCGUUACGAACAGGACCCCAACUGCAAGAUGUUGGUCUUGCUCGGUGAAGUCGGUGGUGUGGAAGAAUACCGUGUGAUUGAAGCCGUUCGCAACGGUACGAUCAAGAAGCCCGUCGUUGCCUGGUGUAUCGGUACUUGUGCCAAGAUGUUCACUACCGAUGUUCAGUUUGGUCACGCCGGUGCCAUGGCUAACUCGGAUCUCGAAACGGCCGAUGCCAAGAACAAGGCCAUGCGUGCUGCCGGUAUCAUUGUCCCCGAAACCUUUGAAAAGAUGCCUUCUGCCCUUGCCGAAACCUAUCAGAAGCUUGUCAAGGAAGGCAUCAUUGUUCCUCAAGCCGAACCCGAGAUCCCCAAGAUCCCCAUCGAUUACUCGUGGGCCCAGGAACUCGGCCUUGUACGUAAACCCGCCAGCUUUGUGUCUACCAUUGUCGACGAUCGUGGUCAGGAAUUGUUGUAUGCCGGUAUGAGAAUCACGGAUGUGUUCAAGGAGAACAUCGGUAUUGGUGGUGUCUUGUCCCUUCUCUGGUUCAAGCGUCGCUUGCCUGAUUACGCCUGCCGUUUCAUUGAAAUGGUCUUGAUGUUGACCGCCGAUCACGGUCCCGCUGUGUCUGGUGCUAUGAACACCAUCAUUACCACUCGUGCUGGCAAGGAUUUGAUUUCUUCGUUGGUGUCUGGUUUGUUAACCAUUGGUGAACGUUUCGGUGGUGCUUUGGAUGGUGCGGCGACCAGCUUCACCAAGGCUUAUGACAGCGGUUUGUCGCCUCGUGAAUUCGUCACAUCCAUGCGCAAGGCCAACAAGUUGAUUCCCGGUAUCGGUCACAAGAUCAAGUCGCGUACCAACCCUGAUAUGCGUGUGGAACUUGUCAAGUCGUAUGUCAAGAAGCACUUCCCCAGCACCCCCAUUUUGGACUAUGCUUUGAAGGUCGAGGAAAUUACCACCAGCAAGAAGGAUAACCUCAUCUUGAACGUGGAUGGUUGUAUUGCCGUUUCCUUUGUCGAUCUUUUGCGUGAGAGUGGUGCUUUCACUCGUGAAGAAGGUGAAGAGUACAUGCGCAUCGGUACCUUGAACGGUUUGUUCGUGUUGGGUCGUUCCCUCGGUUUCAUUGGUCAUCACUUGGAUCAGAAGCGCUUGAAGCAAGGUCUUUACAGACAUCCUUGGGAUGAUAUUUCUUACCUCCUUCCCUCGUUGGAUCCCGAAACCCUCGAUCCUCGUCGUGUCACUGCCCGCGUGAACGUUCAACAAAAAUAAUCAAGCUUACAACUUUCUUUUCUCACCAUUAUCAAAAGAAAAAAAAAACCAAUUCAUUCGUUAGAAAAAAAAAAUGAACCAAAAAGGGAUCGGAAAAAAAAAAGACUUCAAGAGAGUCAAAAAAAAAAAGGAAAAAAAAGAGUUCUUCUAUAUCACCCGCAAUCUUUUUUGUAUUCACGCAUCUUCCCCUUGGAACCUCUUUUUUUUAUAUCUUUUUUUUUGUUUGUAAAAAAAUAAUAAUAAUGUCAUUCUAUUGUCGAUAUGCAAUUUUCAUCCACUGCUAUCACCUCCCCUUGUUUCUUUUUUGAUUUUCUUUCUUUCUUUUGUUUCUUGAAAUUUUCAUGUUUGAUUGACUCUAUUUUUAUCACUUACUUUUUUACUGUUCAUUUAUCCUGAAUAAACAAAAAAUUCAUAGAUCAUCCA